AUGAUGAAGGGGCACCGGUUGCUUCAUACAGUCCUUCUUGUGAUCUUCUGCAUCUCAGGAACCUUGACCAACACGGGUUUGGAUGGAAAGGCUCUCGUGUUCCCCAAGCUUUCUGCCAACUCCUACGUCCUCUUGAAGCCCAACCUCGAUCAACACUUGCGACAGCUGACCCUUUGUCUCUGCUUCUUCACCGACUUGACCCGCAGCUUCUCCCUCUUCUCGGCGGCUUCCCGAGACCACGACAACGAGGUCCUCCUCUUCCGAAAUCCCCACGGUUUUGAAAUGUGUAACGAUCACUGGGAAUCGGUUUGUACCACUCGGGAUUCGGCUACUGGGGUAAUCCAGCUUUGGGUAGACGAGCAGCGUUUGCCAAGGAAAGGGGCAGCCAGGAGUUAUGAGGUCAAGCCGGAUCUGAUGGUGAGGCUGGGGCAGGAAGAGGAUUCCUACGGGGCUUGCUUUGAUGUGGAACAGUCCUUUGUGGGAGAAAUAGCUGAGGUCUACCUGUGGGAAAAGGUCUGGACUGCCAAAGAGUUAAACGAGACCCAGUUGCCCGUGGCCUCAAACCCGUUGCUGGAUUGGACCUCACUGAAGUUUGAAACCCAAGGCGGCAUUCUGACGAACCCCUGUGAAGCCAAGAGAAAAGGAACAGUAGCAGUUUCAUCCAAUAUACCUAAUAGCAAACACUGGCAAGGCAAAAGGGAUCCUUUCUGGUUUUCAAGUACUUACUUGCAAAGAUUCAUCCCUUUGUUAUUGUUUCUACCAAACAUAGAUUAUUUUUAACCAGUAUUACGUGGAAAAAGUACCUUGUUCUAUUCCCCCCCCUCCAUCCUUUACUCUCAGUGCAUUAAGAAAAAAUAUAGAUUAUCAUUAUGAGGAAAUGCUCUUAAGGGACCCAAAUUUGAAUUUUUUUCUCUCCAAUAUACUUUUUUAUUUUCCAUUUUCAUAACAUACAAUCACAUGUAUACUAUUACAUAGCCAGUAUCCUAUUGUAUUAAGUAGUAAUUGCAUCAGUUCUUCUUGUCAUCAACGUCCAGAAAGAUAAAAACCCAUUAUUAGCUCUUCUGCUCUCCAUACACCUCUUCUACCUCUCUCCUACCUCC